UCCUAGCAAUGUCAUGCUCUGAGAGAUUCGUUUUCACGGCGUCCUUGGUUAACUCUUUCGUGGACUGUCGUCCAAAGGAGCCCCCCUCUGUCGCCCACCCUGACCCGGACCGCAGAGUCCAACAUAACUGGGGUUCCGUGCCAAAUACGGCCAUACCCGGGACAAUGAACCAGCACCAGCCGUUGCAGCCGCAAGAAGCUAUGGCUCAGCCUCGAUACCAAUACCACCAGGGAAUACUGAACUGGGACGAGCCACACUUGAGCCCGGUCCGCGUACCGCAGGUCAGUGCUUGCCCUUACAGCGCGUCAAACAGAAAAGACGACUCCUCCUAUUUGCUGCUGGAACCGGACAACCACUCAAAACCGUCACCGGACGUGUCUGCCUUCACCAGACUAAUGUCAGAGAUGGGCUCCAUGACGGGUGGUUCUGGUCCAAUUCAGGGCUACUUCCGCCCGGAGCAGUCAUACUCCGGGUUCAAAGUCCAGGAGUACAACAACAGCGUGCACGGCUUGCACACGACCAAUCCACCGCGCACUCCCCACUCAGUCUCGAGCCAUUUGUACCACUUGAGCUUCCCGGUGCUGCCAUAUCCAGACACUGACAUCAAGCGCGUUAUUGAUGACUUAGCGUUGGGCAGCAGUGAGUGUCCAGCCCAGAGAAGCGAUAGCAGCAGCAUCACCCUGGCCAGCAGUCAGACCAACACGGAAGACUUAGUCAUAGGUUUACGGCGAGACAAGCCCCCAUCAGACUUACCCAAGGGCGAUAAAGGUCCCAGACAGGAGUCGCAAGAGGAUGCAACAUUCGAAAAUGAUGCAACCUGUGGAUGGCUGUGGGCGAAGGCGGGGAGGAAGAAGCGCUGUCCUUACACCAAAUACCAAACACUGGAGCUGGAAAAGGAGUUCCUCUUCAACAUGUAUCUGACUCGCGAUCGCCGCCUGGAGAUCGCUCGCAGUGUCAACCUCACUGACCGUCAAGUCAAAAUCUGGUUCCAGAACCGCCGCAUGAAGAUGAAGAAGAUGACACGGGAACACAGAACCAGGGACUCGGUCACACAUUUCCCAAUCUGAUUCCUCACAAACAUGGUGUGCAGAGACAGGCUUACAUGGACGUGACACGAGAUGACGCAACGUCAAUAAUAGGAUGGACCAUAUACUGAAGGAUGUGGUAGAGGCCCUGAUCUGAUCUGGAUGAAAGUACUAUGUCCUAUACACUUUGCAUGAGGAUGUGGUGGCUGUUACCGGUUACACUUGCGUUUUUCCAUGAUGGAGACAUAUCGGCGAAGCUUUUUCUUUCUCCAUACCCCUGUCCCGCAACACCCUUCAUAAAAGCACUUUAUUUGAUUAUUUGUAGUUGUUUGUUGAUAGCUCAAUAGAAUGAUUGCAACGUUGGUUAAUUUGUAUUUUUGCCAGACAUAGGCUACUGUCUUGAAUCGAAGACUAUUGUUUACAGUUCAUGCUAGGCUAUGGGAAGCCAAUUUGAAAGGAUCACUUUAUUUAGAACGCGAGCACUAUUUUAUUUAUUUGCGGACGCAAUUGUUAUUGUAAGCUUUGAAAAAUGUGCACCAGUAAGCACAAUAUUUUGAACUUCAAUUUUGUAAAAUAGGAAGGAUUUAAAACAUUAUAUCUUGUUUAUACGGAGUCCUUUUUCAGAUAGCUUGACUUGAAACAAAGAGUGUGUUGAUUACAAUAAUGCAUGAUUGGAUGUAUAAAAAUAAAAAAAAUGUUUUCUAAAUGAGAGCAUUUGAAUUAAAGGUUACUCUUUCCGUGAAAUAGGGAAACGUUUUCUUACGCACAUGAGCCCUUGACGUUCCAAAAGGCAAGCCUGGGAUAGAAUAUAUAUUUUUGUCUUGUAUUAUCAACGUUUGUUUUUAUAUAGUUUCGCCUAUCACUUCUGCUUGAAUAAAUAUUCCCCAGUUCCCAUAUGUCUUAGUUUGCAACUUCGAUAUGUGUAGAUAGAUUGGGAAAAAUAUACAGCUGCUGAAAUAAAUAUUUUCCCCACCAUUACAUUUAGUGUAAUUGUUGGGUACAUCCCAUUGCAAUAAUUACUAGUUCUAGACACCUAUUACCACCCUUAGCCCAUCCCUCUUCCUAGUAGCCUUCUCCUACCAGGUCAUAUGAGCUCGAGUAAUGUAAUGACGAUUGUAAUUGCUGUAACUAUUAUUAUUACGCUAGUAUUUGUGGUUUGCAGUAGCCUAGUUGUAUGGUGUAAUGUUCUUAUCCUAACAAGCAAUGUCAAUGCAUAUAUUUGGUUUAUGCAAGGUCUAAUUGAAAACAAUUUAAUCUGAUUUAGGAGUGAUUCAUUGUAAAACAAAUAUUUAAAAAAGAAUAAUGUAUAUAAUAUACUUUUGUGAGUUUAGCCUACAUUUAUCUUGUGGAUUUAACUUUAUUUCCCCCUUUUUCACUAGCUGGGUUCAGUGGCCACCAUUUACUGUGGCCAACCUUCUGAAUUCAAAAUACAUGAUUUUUUCCCCCUCUUUUAAGAAAAUCAGAAGCCAAGUUGCAGAUGCCAGAGUUUCCGCUGCUGAUUGGGUUGUCAGCCAACGCACAGGCCAGUCUUUCACGCCCCCUUGGGAACAGCGUUGACCUACAAGCAUACCACAUAGAAUGUCCUCUUAUUUUUGUCUUCCAGAUUGUUAGAGAUGGGUCGAGCUGGAAUUAUGACCUGGUCUGUGGCAUUUAUAGGCUAGAAAUAAGAAGCAACGUAUAGCCUUAUGCCAGAUCAUCAUGAUAACCAUUGCACGUAGUAAAAAAACGAAUAACGUACGUGUAUUUAGUGUUUACAUAAGAUUAUUUAAUCCCUAUUGAUUCCGUUUUUAUCUAGAUGUAUGUAUUCAUUCGACGUCAUUGACGUGAUCCAUGGUUUCAUUCUGCAUACACUUUCUAUAAUAUUGUUUGAAUAUGAAUAUUUGAUGGACAACACAUGCCGCAACUUCCCUACAGUGGACACUGGAUAUGCAGCUAUUGGCCUUUUAUCUCAAAAGGAGACUGUGCAGCGUCUCCUGCUAGUAUCGCCAUGUUGAAGAGCGCACGAUUUUAGUGACGCUGUCUGCGGUCUCCAGAUUUUUAUCAGGGGCAAUUGACAGGGCAUUUAUUGUAGACUCAGGAAGUCAGGGUAGCAGAUGUGUCCCAGGGAUUAUAGUACUGUACUUUUCACUACAAUAUUAUUGCCUGGUAUUGUGGCUAACAAAGACGUCCUAACGUGCGUUAUAGGCCUUUUUGUGCAUGAUUGAAACGGCAUGGGCAUGCUACUUCCGCUCCUAUUCUUUAUUCCCACUGUAUUGCAGUUUGUAUCUAUCCUAUGGGAACUUGUCCAGUGGCUCAACCAGGUUCUCUGAAGGUCUUUGAAGAGAAUAUGUGAGACAAGCUGUUGUGUGAUUUAGGUAGUUUCAAGUUGUUGGGCUGGACGCGUAUCACAGGAACCUGAAACUACCUGAAUUACUCCAGUACUGCACAUCAACGCUCUUGCGUAAUGGACGAAUGCAACAACAACGAAAAUACGCCGUUUCCACAUGUCUGCGCACUACCCUACAUUUUGUAAUUGCACCAAAAAAAUUGCAUUCAAUAUUAUCUAAAAGAGUUGUUAUUGUUGACAUGUAUUCCGUCCCAAGAGUCAAUUUAUUGCACAUGGGCGUGUGGAGAGUUAAAUUGCUAAUUUAGGCCUCCCCCAAAAUGCCUGCGUACACUUGGGUGUGAUGAACGCUUCUUCUAAAAUAAUAAAUUUUAUGAAGUACAGCAGGCCCAGACGCUGUAAACCAUUUCCAUUAAAGACACCAGCACCAGGCUCUACCUCAUGUUCACCCCAGCUUGUUUAUACUUUGCGUCAGGGGCAAGGCUUUCAUAUAAUUUGCAGGCCAUUUAAUAGCACAUUAACAUUUAUCGUCUACAAUACAUUUUCUAACUUCUAUCUUGUUUUAACUUUGUAAUACAAGACAAAUAUCAUUCACCAUUUUUAAAAAUUAUUUUCUGCAUUGUGAACACAAACUUCUCAAUAAAGCAACAAAAACAAACUCAGAAGCCACAUAUGCUUUUGAUAAAUGCGUUUAUUUCUUACAGAUACAUGUUACAGCAUUACUAUUGAUGGUCUAUAUACAGUGCCUUCAGGAAGUAUUCAUACUCUUGACAUACGACAUUUUGUUGUCUUACAGCCUGAAUUCAAAAUGGAUUAAACGUUUUUUUUUCUCCCAUCUACACACAAUACCCAUAAAGACAAAGUAAAAACAUAUAUUCUCACAAUUGUUGCAGAUUUAUUACAUUUUAAAUAGAGAAAUAUCUCAUUUACAUAAGUAUUCACACCCCUGAGUCAAUACAUGUUAGAAUCCCUCUUGGCAGCGAAUACAGCUGUGAGUCUUUCUUGGUAUGUCUCUAAGAGCUUUGCACACCUGGAUUGUACAAUAUUUGCAUAUUAUUCUUGAAAAAAUUCUUCAAGCUAUAUCAAGUUGGUUGUUGAUCAUUGCUAGACAACCAUUUUCAAGUCUUGCUAUAGAUUUUUUUUAAGCCAAUUUAAGUCAAAACUGUAAUAAGGCCACUCAGGAACAUUCAGUGUUGUCUUGGUAACCAUCUCCAGUGUAUAUUUGACCUUGUGUUCUAUGUUAUUGUCCUACUGAAAGGUGAAUUUGUCUCGCAGUGUCUGUUGGAAAGCAGACAGCCCCAGGUUUUUCUCUAGACAUUUUCCUGUGCUUAGCUCUAUUCUGUUUCUUUAUAUUCUAAAAAAAACUCCAUAGUCUUUGCAGAUGACAAGCGUACCCAUAACAUGAUGCAGCCACCACUGUGCUAGAAAAUAUGAAGAGUGGUACUCAGGACAUAAAGUACAUUUCUUUGACACAUUCGUUGUAGUUUUACUUUAGUGCCUUAUUGCAAACAGGAUGCAUAUUUUGGAAUAUUUGUAUUCUAUAGAGGCUUCUUUUUCAAUCUGUCAUUUAGGUUAGUAUUGUAGUGUAACUGCAAUGUUGAUCCAUCCUUAGUUAUUUUCUAUCUCUGAGUGGUUUCCUUCCUCUCCAGCAACUGAGUUAUGAAAAGACGAAUGUAUCUUUGUAGUGCCUGGAUGUAUUGAUACACCAUCCAAAGUGCAAUUAAUAAUAUUCAAUGUAUUUUAUAUUUAUUUUUACCCAUCUAACAAGUUGCCCUUCUUUGCGAGCCAACGGAAAACCACCCUGGUCUUUGUGGUUGAAUCUGAGGGACCUUACAGAUAAUUAUUUGUGUUGGGUAAAGAGAUGAGGUAGUCGUUCAAAAAUGUUUAAGCACUAUUAUUGCACACAGUGAGUCCAUGCAACUUAACAUGUGACUGGUUAAGCAAAUGUUUACUCCUGAACUUAUUUAGGCUUGUCAUAACAAUGGGGUUUUCAUUUUUAAUUAAUUUGUAAAUGUUUCUAAAAACAUACUUCCACUUUGACAUUAUAGACUAUUGUGUAGGCAGGUGACACAAAAUCUCAAUUUAACCAUUUUAAAUUCAGGCUGUAACACAAUAAAAUGUGGAAAAAGUAACGGGGUGUAAAUACUUU